AUGGACAUGAGCUGUGUGCCUCACCUUUCUGUAUUUGAGAGACAGAUUCUGGCAACUUCGGAAAACAAGGAAAUGUUUCUCGAAAAAUUCGAGGAGAUGAUGCCGGCUGCCCCAGAUGCCGCAGGUGAACAGGCUGUAAUGACACCCGAGGGAGGAACCCGCACAACCUAUUUCGAAAUUGGGCCAGGCAGCCAACGAAAUAAAUUGAUAAACGGCAAGCUCGGGAAGAUACGGGAUAGCCAUGAAUAUGAAACGUCGGUUACAUACAAAGGUGUCAAGAUUCCCAUAAAAGUCCCCGUGGCUGUAAUGCCGGAAACAGUUGGAGAUCUUAUCACAACCUUUUCUACACCGCACUCACAAAACCCGCAACCAUUCCCUCUACAUCCUCACCUUACUACGAAUGGGCCUUACACCCAUCCCGUAAUAGUACUCGUAAAUGCAUUACUCACACAGAAACGAAUCGUAUUUCUUGGCCACGGUAGACCAUCCGGUGAGGUCGCUAACCACGUCCUAGCAGCAUGUUACCUAGCGAGCGGCGGCGUUCUGAAGGGUUUUACUCGUCAUGCCUUUCCAUAUACCGAUAUUUCUAAAAUUGAGGAGCUUCUCUAUGUCAAUGGAUUCAUCGCUGGGGUUAUCAACCCCAUGUUUGCGAAUCAGGCCCGUUGGUGGGAUGUUCUCUGCGACAUUGAUACCGGUCGAAUAAGGAUAUCUCCGGAGCUCAAACCCCCUCCCUUGACUGAUGGACUCUCUUUCUUCAACCUAAACCCAAACAUGGGUGUUGCUGAUUAUGUCAAACAUGAUACGAUGGAUAACGCAUUCAUGGAGGACAUAUCGCAUUGUAUAUCCUCGAGGUUUGGAGAAUGGGCCGUCAGGGCGAGGUGGAGGGACUGGGUGCUACGGUUCACUCGCAUGGCGACUGCAUUCGAGGAAGCGGUGUACGGUGCAUCGGCUCUCUGGAUCGGACAUGAAGAAAACCAUGUUAUUAAGGGCCAUGGUUAUGUCUGGGCGGACGAGGCCUUGAAAACUCGUGAUUUAACAGCAAAUGCGGCCAGAAUCGAAGGGUGGAGAGGCACUAGAAGCUAUCUCACACUUGUGCAGGAAUCUGCGCAACUAUACCAAGCCAAACCUAUUAAAAUAGUCGACUUGCAUCACCAAAUCGACCGGCUGAGGGUUCUACGGCUGUCUCACGAGGAUUCAGAGAAGAUAUAUAUGGUCCUGAAACACUAUGUCGACGACUAUGAAGAAAUUAAUCAGCUUCUUUGCGUAAUCCCCGAAACUCAGAACGGCAUCUUUCCCAUCGCUUUCGGUCUCUUCCAUCCAAAUCAAAAAGUUAGGUUCGCGGUCGUUGAGCUGCUCGAGAAAAUCAGUACCCAUAUGGCAGGCCGCCACUUUUUCAAUAACAUGAAUCGCUUCCAGCGCCUAGCGUACAUUCGCCUAAAACAGGAGAGAGAGAAUAGUGGAGGUUUCAGUCCUGUCGCUACAGAAGCUGCAAAUGGUGUAGGUAGCUUUUCAACUACCACAACGCCAACCACAGCAGCUGGCGUUCCUAGGUUCGCAGCGUUUGGACCGAACGGUAGAGGUGGACCGUGA